GUACGAGGGCAGAAAAGAUUUAAGGAGGAGAUAUAUGCAAAGAGGGUACGGUGUGGUCUACCCGAUAUGAUAGCGGUUCGUUGAUCAUUAUCAUCUUCAAUUGUCUCACAUUGAAUUAAAUAUUUUGGUCCCAAAGGAAGUGGCCGGUGUUCCCAUCCCCGGCUGGUUAUUGGCUUCCACACGUACCCCUAUGGCAAGCACGCCGCCGCCGCCUCUCAGACCCAUAGACACAUCAACAGCAAAAACUACUUGCGGCCGGAACCAGCACCAUGCGGCGGUGCUAGAAGGGGUGGCGGCGGCGGCGGAGGAGGAGCCGGCGAGCCCGGCGACGCGCCUCUUUCACACCAAAAACCUCAACUGCUACAUCAUCGCCGUAUUGGGAUGCACCACAAAGAUCAACGUGGAAGUCGUCAAGAAGGGUCUGGAGUCCACCUUGGUCAACCACCCUCGCUUCUCUAGCACUCUAUCGGAGGACAAGAGAUCAGGGAAGAAGAGGUGGGUUCGGGGGAAGGUGGAUGUGGAGAAGCACGUGAUAUGCCCGGAAUUGGGGCCGGCCGACAUGGAACCCACGUCGGCGGCGGACAUGUUCGUUGAGAACUACACAUCAUCCCUGACCACCAAGGAAAUGGACAUGUCAAAGCCGUUGUGGGACAUCCACAUACUGAACGUGAAAACCUCGGAAGCCAACUCCACAGGAAUCCUGAGGAUGCACCACUCCCUCGGCGACGGCAUUUCCCUCAUCUCCCUCUUCCUCGCCUGCACCCGCAAGACGUCCGAUCCGGCUGCCCUGCCCACAAUCCCAACCGCCGCAAGGACCGCCACCCGACGGCGACCCGAAUUCGGGUUCUUGCUCGGCCGCCCGUUCCUGUUUCUGAUGCUGGUGGUGAACACAGUCGUGGACAUGCUGCUCUUCUUGGCCACUCUCCUGUUUCUCAAGGACACCCAUACUCCCUUGAAAGGAGGAGGGAUUAUCAAGAAGAGUCAUACUACUGAUUCUUGUGGCGGCAGAGUAGCGGACUUGCCGGGGAGACGGCUUGUGCAUCGCACAAUAAGUCUCGAUGACAUCAAACUCAUCAAAAAUGCACUCAACGUGACCGUGAAUGAUGUCUUGAUGGGGAUAUUACAAGCCGGGAUGUCACGUUAUCUGAACCGGAAAUACGGUAAGCAAAAAUGGAGCGAAAGCAACGACAACAAAAAUAAUCUGCCCAAGUCUGUUCGGCUCAGAGGCGCAGUCAUUUUCAACAUCAGACCAUCUGCAGGAAUCAAGGCAUUAGCUGAGAUGAUGGAAAAGAAGUCAAAGGCAAAAUGGGGCAACAAGAUAGGAUAUGCACUAACUCCACUAUUCAUUGGUCUUCAAGAAAACCCAUUGGGUUAUAUUUAUAAGGCAAAAGCAAUUAUUGAUCGAAAGAAGCUCUCCUUGGAAUCCAGAUUAUCCUUCUCUGCUGCUCACCUCAUAGUAAAGCUUUUUGGAAUCGAGGCUGCUGCUGCUUUGACAAACAGAGUGAUUGCUAACACUACAGUAUUAGUAUCCAAUGUUGUGGGACCUGAAGACGAGAUAUCAUUUUUCGGACAUAGCAUGGUUUUCGCAGCUCCUGCAGUUUAUGGGGUCGGACAUGCAUUAACCAUACACUUCCAAAGCUAUUGCAACAAGAUGACGAUAUCAAUGGCAGUUGAUCCUGAAGUGAUUUCAGAUCCAUACCAGCUCUGUGAUGACUUGGAACACUCUCUUGAGAUGUUUAAAGACGCUCUCAAAAUAUCCACAAAAGAAGUCGUUGUCCUUGAUGUGGAUGAUGCAUCAUACCUUUCCAUUGUUUAAUAAUUGUACGAGUAAUGCUAGGGGUACACUAAGUUAUAUAUACCCAACUUUUACAUCCAUUUUUCUACAUCACACAUUUUUCAUCCAUUCUCAAUUUAUUUUAUCCACACCAUUAGUUCUAUGGUGGAGAGAUUGAUGGAGUACAAGUUGGAUAAAGUUUGAUAUACCUA